AUGGAACAGGUGCCAGGAAAUAAGUUUCCUCUCGAUGCUAAAGAUUAUGAGUUAUAUGAAGAAGUUGGCGAAGGUGUCAGUGCGACUGUGUAUAGAGCUUUCUGCAUUCCUCUUAAGGAAGUAGUUGCAAUCAAGGUUCUUGAUCUCGAGAAGUGUAACAGUGACCUGGAUGGUAUUCGUCGAGAGGUACAGACAAUGAUUUUGAUUGACCAUCCAAAUGUAGUACGAGCACAUUGCUCCUUCACUACAGGCCAUUACCUUUGGGUUGUAAUGCCAUACAUGGCUGGGGGAUCUUGCCUUCAUAUAAUGAAGUCAUCCUAUCCGGAAGGUUUGGAGGAGCCUAUUAUUUCUACAUUAUUACGCGAGGUCCUCAAAGCUCUUGUGUACCUUCAUUACCAUGGACACAUUCAUAGAGAUGUGAAGGCUGGGAAUAUAUUGAUUGAUUCUGAUGGUGCCGUUAAAUUAGCAGACUUUGGAGUAUCUGCAUGCAUGUUUGACACUGGUGAUCGCCAGCGUUCUAGAAAUACAUUUGUUGGAACUCCAUGCUGGAUGGCUCCUGAAGUUAUGCAGCAAUUGCAUGGAUAUGAUUUUAAAGCAGAUAUUUGGUCAUUUGGAAUAACAGCUCUUGAACUUGCUCAUGGUCAUGCACCAUUCUCUAAGUAUCCACCAAUGAAGGUUCUCCUGAUGACCCUGCAGAAUGCACCACCUGGGCUUGACUAUGAAAGAGACAAACGGUUUUCCAAGUCUUUCAAAGAACUGGUUGCUGCUUGCUUGGUGAAGGAUCCAAAAAAGCGUCCCACCUCAGAAAAGCUUUUAAAGCACCAUUUCUUCAAGCAUGCACGCAACACUGAUUAUUUAGCCCGUACUAUCCUGGAUGGAUUGCCCCCUCUAGGUGAACGGUUUAGGAUGCUCAAGGCAAAAGAAGCUGAUCUUCUUGUUCAAAAUAACGCAUUGUACGGGGACAGGGAUCAGUUAUCUCAGCAAGAGUACAUCCGAGGAAUCAGUGCCUGGAAUUUCAAUCUGGAGGAUCUGAAGAAUCAAGCUGCCCUUAUUCAGGAUGAUGCUAUUUCUAAUUCAGAAGAUUCAAGUGUGUGUGGGAAGCUCAUCAACGGGCAAGAUGAUGCUGGUACUCCUCCAGAGGGGGUGUCCCCUGAUCGGGGCAAUCAUUCACAUGCUGCGCAGCAGCUGGAGGAUGGACUCAAUGAUAUUCAUGAUCUGGAGAAUUCACUUGCUGUAUUUCCUAUGAAACCUCUUCAGGCACUCAAAGGUUGUUUUGAUGUAAGUGAGGAUAACAUGGAUGCUGGUUGUCCAAAUUGGAAAAAUUCUGUUCGCUCAGAUUGUGAACAGCAAAGUCAACUAUAUGCAUCAGCAAAAGCUCAAAGUGGCUCCUUACCGCCACCUGCCAUUUCAGGACAUAAAUUUUUUUCGAGCGGUUCAAUUGUACAGGAUAAUGUUCAAUCUCCUAAAAAAUUUAUAGGUGAUGGAGACAGGGAACAUCUGCGACAAAGAUACCCUAGUGAGCGGAAUUACAGUGGUCCAUUACAGUUUCGUCAAAAGAAAGAUUUCAGUAAUUCUACAGCUGGGGAAGACGUAUCUGAAGGUGCUAUAGUCCAACGCAGGGGACGUUUUAAAGUCACUUCAGCAGAUCUGAGCCCCAAGGGUUCUACGAACUGUUUCUUUAAUCCAAAUACUGGAGGUUCCACGAGCUUGAUGAACCCAAGCCUUGCAGCUGUUUCAGUUCUUCCGUCAUUGCAAUGUAUCCUGCAGCAGAACUCUAUGCAAAGAGAAGAUAUAAUUAAAUUGAUCAAGUUUGUGGAGCAAACCUCUGGCAAUUCUAAUGAGUUCUCUGAGGUACAAGUAAAUGACCUUUCGCAGAUUCCUAAGGAGAGAGAGUUAGAGGCUCAGCUGAUUCAAUUGAAACGAAGCAUCGGAAGUCUUGUUGAAGAAUUACAGAGACAGAAGAUCAAAAACACUCAUUUGGAAAAGAAAUUGGAAUCGAUGCUUAAGAAGGACGAAAAUACACGAGAAUGA